AUUAUUCUGAUUGUUGCUCCCCUCUUGCUCUGUAGCUUUCUAAUGUCUAAUUUAAACACUGAUAAAGGCAUUGCAUUUCUUAUGAAUAUAGCAGGUUCUUGAUAAUGGUAAAGUGGUCAGCGGAGAGAGUGGUCCGCAAGGUAUACAAAUGCUCACUCGGAUUUCUUUUGUGCCUGCUGAAAAUGGUGGUGGAAAUGUUCAUUCUGGAGCACCUCCGCCUUGGUUUGAAACAACUGAGGGAGUUCAGAUGCAUCCGAAGCCUGUUUUAGGAGACCUUGUCUCCCAUUCAAACAAGUCAGGGAAGCACAAAAAGUUGAAUCCUAAACGUGUUGGAGCUGCUUGGGCAGAAAAGAGAAAGAUUGAAAUGGAGAUGGAAAAGAGGGGAGAGACUGUGAGGAACGAAUGUGAUGCCAGCUGGCUUCCUAAUUUUGGUAGAGUCUGGCAAUCUGGCAGCAGAAGAGAAUCCAGAAAAGAAUUUGAAAAGGAGAAACAAGAGUUGUCAAAUGUUGAAGCUCAACCUGAGAUGCCAAUCAAGAUACAACCUUAUGUUAGCAAAAGAAUGGUGCGUUUUACAUUCUAAAUAUUAUGGGUUUGAUUUGUUUCAAAACUGUCUGUCAAAACCAGUCUGCUUUGUGCCUGACCGAGCCCAAGCUUGGCAUGUUUGGUAUAUGGGUUGCAAAAUGGGCAGAGUCAGGGGCGGUUGGUUUCAUAUCAAUGGGGUAGCAUUUGCUACCCCAAAAGAAAAAAAAAAUCUUGAAUAAUGUAGUAUAGUUUUGUAUGUAGCUACCCCAUUGAUAUAUUAUUUGGCUACUCCAAACAA